UACAAAAUAUCCUCACUUAUGAUAAGAAAAUCAGGACAAACACCCAACAACAUGGUUUAUAAUAUGGUCCCUAAUGGAUUAAUUAUCUAAGCAUUAGAUGGAACACAUAAUAUGGUCCCUAAUGGAUAAAUUAUCUAAGCAUUAGAUGGAACACAUAAUAUGGUCCCGAAUGGUGUAAUUAUCUAAGCAUUAGAUGGAACACCUUCUACUCCCCAUCAAGUAUAAAAAUGAUGCAUUACAAGUCAAAUAUGCACAAGCACACCUUAGUGGUUUCCAUGGAUAUUCUUCUGAGCUCCAUCUCCAUAACAGCCACAAUUCUCUCACUUGUCUUUUGUGUGUUGAUAGUUCACCUUCUGACCAAAAAACUAAAUGGCAAAAAGAGAUAUCAUCCAAUUGGUGGCACCACUUUCAAUCAGCUUAUAAACUUCCACAGGUUGCAUGAUUACAUGACUGAUCUUGCUGGCAAGUACGAGACUUUCAGAUUGAUUAGCCCUUUCAGGAGUAAGAUUUAUACUUCUGACCCUGCUAACGUCGAAUACAUUCUCAAAACAAACUUUGACAACUAUGGCAAGGGAUGGUAUAAUUAUAGUGUUAUGACGGACCUCUUUGGGGAUGGGAUUUUCGUAGUUGAUGACAAUAAGUGGCGGGAACAAAGGAAGUUGUCGAGCCACGAGUUCUCCACGAGGGUCUUGAGGGAUUUCAGCAGUGUGGUCUUCAGAAAAAAAGCAGCAAAGCUAGCUCACAUAUUGUCUGAAGCUGUCAAUUCCAGCAAGACAGUUGACAUUCAAGAUCUAUUCAUGAAAGCAUCUCUAGAUUCUAUAUUUAGAGUUGCCUUCGGAGUUGAGCUAGACAGCAUGUGCGGUUUAAAUGAAGAAGGCAAAAAAAUUAGCGAUGCAUUUGACAAUGCUAAUGCAAUGACAAUUUGGAGAUAUGUUGAUAUCUUCUGGAAGAUUAAAAGAGCUCUCAAUAUCGGAUCAGAAGCCAAGUUAAAGGAAAAUAUAAGAAUUGUUGAUAUGUUUGUUUAUAAGUUGAUCCAGAGAAAAACUGAACAGAUGAGUAAACCGGAAGCUGAUUUACCUUUGCAAUGGAAGAAAGAAGACAUUUUGUCAAGAUUUUUGCAAAUAACUGAUACAGAUCCAAAGUAUUUGCGUGAUAUAAUAUUGAACUUCAUACUAGCAGGCAGAGAUACAACCGCAACCACCCUUUCUUGGUUCAUAUAUUUGCUAUGCAAAUACCCUCAUGUACAGGAGAAAGUAGCACAAGAAAUUAAAGAAGCAACGACUGAGAAAAAAGAUGCAAUAGACAUGGCGGAUUUUGCUGCCAAUGUUAGUGAAGAUGAACUUGAAAAGAUGCAAUAUCUUCAUGCAGCACUGACAGAGACUCUUCGGCUCUAUCCUGCAAUUCCAACGGAUCCAAAGACAUGCUUUUCGGAUGACACCUUACCAGAUGGAUUCAGCGUACGCAAAGGGGACAUGGUGUCUUACCUACCAUAUGCAAUGGGAAGAAUGGAAUUUAUAUGGGGUGAUGAUGCGAAAGAGUAUAAACCAGAGAGAUGGCUUGAUCCGGAUGGUCUCUUCAGGCCAGAGAACCCCUUCAAAUUUACAGCUUUCCAGGCUGGGCCAAGAAUCUGCUUGGGAAAGGAGUUUGCUUAUAGACAGAUGAAGAUAUUCUCUGCUGUGUUGUUACGUUACUUUGUUUUUAAGUUGAGUGAUGACAAGAAGACUGUCAACUAUAGAACAAUGAUCAGUCUUCAGAUCGAGGGGGGACUCCACGUUGAUGUCUUUCAUAGGGCCACUAGAAAGAGUAUAAAUUAAUGUGUAUAUUAGUAUCAGUCCAACUCUGACUCAGAUGUAAUUCCGUGACACCUGUAUCCAAAAUAAAACUAUCAAAUAACAUCGUUCCGAAAUAAGGUUUGUAAGCAAAGGAA